GUACGUUGUGGGGCCGGGUAGGGUGUGUGGAGGUCGCUGGUAGAGUAUAGGUGCCCCGCUCCUCCUCGGCCGGACGCCCACACCACUGGCAACCUGGAUGCCUAACUGACCUGUGGUACGUCUCCACUCUGCCCUGGCUGCUCGCGCUUCUAAGGUGUUCUCUGUGGUCGUGAAGAGGCCCACAACGUCCUCAAGCUCAUCUCUACCCAACAGUGUGGCCUACAACAACUUGCUCCGCACUCACCAACCAAGCACCAUUUGUAAUGAUCCAAGUGUCCUGAAAUUUUUAACUCUUCGGAUAUUUUUUUAGGCUACUGUUUUCGUUUCGCAAAUUUGCUAAACCAUGAAGUGAUUAAAUACACCUUAGCUACCUGUGUAUUGUCAUUACAACUACCACACACACUCGAGGGGCAAUUUGAGUGCAAGGAGACGAUCGUUAAGCAUUGCAACAGAACAAACUAGUGAGCGGUUUGUGACCAUGCGUGCAAGAAAGUCGUGGAACGUCAACUCGUCCAGCUACGCCAAGAACACCUUCAAUCCCAUCAGACACAUCGUCGAAAACCUACAAAUCGUCCCUCAUCCAGACAAGCCGCUCAUCGCCCUUUCUGUCGGGGACCCCACUGUGUUCGGAAAUCUGAAGCCAGCCAAAGAAAUCACCGAGGCUGUAGUCGAAGCCAUCCAAAGCGGCAAAUUCAACGGAUACGGACCAUGCACAGGUUUUGGCGAAGCAAAAGAAGCGGUCGCGAGGUAUUGCUCCAUUCCCGGUAGCCUCGAACUUGAUGCAAAGGACAUAGUGUUGUGCUCUGGCUGCAGCUGUGCCCUUGAUCUGUGCAUCACCGCGCUCUGCUCUCCCGGCCAGAACAUCUUGGUGCCUCGUCCGGGCUUUCCCAUCUACAAGACCUUAGCAGAGUGCCUCUCCAUUGGCACCAAGUACUAUGACCUUCAGCCGGAGAAGAACUGGGAGGUGGACCUGGCCAUGCUGGAGGAGAUGAUCGACGACAACACGGCUGCCAUAGUAGUCAACAACCCGUCCAACCCGUGCGGCUCCGUGUACAGCGCCCAGCACCUGCGGGCCAUCCUCGAGGUGGCCGCCAGGAACAAGGUCCCCAUCAUCGCCGACGAGAUCUACGAGAACUUUGUGUUCGAGGGGGAGGAGUACCACGCCAUGGCCUCGCUGACGGAGGAGGUGCCGGUGUUGUCCUGCGGGGGCCUCACCAAGAGGUUCCUGGUCCCAGGAUGGCGUCUGGGCUGGAUAGCCAUCUGCGACAGAGGCAAUGUCUUCGACGCCGAGGUACGCCAGGCGCUGCUAGCUCUGAGCCAGAGGAUCAUUGGGAGCAGCACUCUAGUGCAGGGAGCUCUGCCAGCCAUCCUGGCCAACACUCCUAAGGAGUUCUUCGCCGACACCGUCAGUCAGAUCCAGACGAACGCCAAGAUGUGUUAUAAUUUCCUGAGAGACGUGCCUGGCCUCAGCCCCGUCAUGCCUCAAGGAGCCAUGUAUAUGAUGGUUGGCGUCGACAUGUCAGGCUUCCACAAGUUUUCCAAUGACCUCGAGCUUGUAGAGAAACUGAUCAAUGAGGAAUCAGUCUUCUGUCUCCCUGGCAAGUGCUUCGACUACCCAAACUACGUGAGACUGGUCCUAACAGUGCCCUUGGAGCAAUUGAGGGAAGCCUGUAAUCGCAUCUCUGCUUUCUGCAAGCGUCACUACCACGCCAUCAACGGCCACAGCAAUGGCAUGACUUUUGAUAGUUACUCGGGCAGGAAUCAUGAGGUCAAUGGCCACGGGGAGCAGGCGGCGACAAGAGCCUUUGCUAAGGUUACUUCCUUGGAGAAACCAUGUAUUGUCUCUCAGAUUGAGGCUGAAUAGCUGGUUAGUGCGUAGUUUGUGGUAGCUGGGAGGCAGUCUGAAGCAAGAGUGUGAGGUGUGUGAGUGAGAGAGAGAAAGAGACAUAGAUUGGGUACAUGAAAGGUAGUGAAUUCGGCAAAGCCUAGCUGUGACAGCUAGGCUUUGCCCAUUUUGAAGAGUAAAAAAUGAGAUGGGGAAUUGAACAUUGCUCUAGGAAGUGGGUGAGGAUGUCUGAGCGAUGUAAUACUACAUAAAUUUACAAUUUCGUUGUGCAAGUGUAGUAAUCGCAACUAAUAUUUGACAAUACUGGAGAACUGUUAGUUUAUGGCAUAAAGAUUACCAAGUGCUACAUUAAUAUUAAAUUGUUAGUAAUUGGAAUACCAUUAAAGUUAUGAAAUGGGGAUAAUUAUUGGAUCCUUUUAUAUAUUUUUUUCAAACUAAGGAAAGUAAUGUAAUAAAUUUGACUAGGAUUUUCAGUAAGACACUAGAGAUUUUAAAGUGAAGCUUAAACGAUAUAUAGCAUUUAUUUCAUUACUGAAAUUUUCAGGACUACAUAGUCUUGAAGAAAUUUAGAAUUGGAGAAAAUAUAGCUUGUUUUACUCUUGUUAUAAUGGGAUUGAGUACAAAUAAACAGCAAAUGUUGGUUCGUUUAUAUUUAUAUGUUCAGAAAAUUUUAAAUUAUUUUUAAAUAUAUGUAUACAUAUGUGUGUGUUUGCGCACAUACAUUUAAUGGAUGAGGCUAGAUUUUAUUCUAAUAAAAAUAUUGCAAAAUUUUUAUUUUUGACCAUAAACUACAUUAUUAAUAACUUGAGAAACUAUGGGACUUCAGAAGGCAAAAUUAUUCCUUUUGAAAACUCCAUAUAUAUGAAUAUUUAAGCGUAAUAGAAUCGCGUGUUUUUUUUAUUCUUUGGUGUGUGUGUGUGUGUGUGUGUGUGUGUGUGUGUGUGUGUGUGUGUGUGUGUGUGUGUGUGUGUGU